GCCUGCACACUUGACUUUCAAGGGACCGAAAAGCAGCCCUCCCUUUCUUUCUGGAUUUGAACUAAUUCACUUGGAAGCUAAGGCAGUUUCCACCCUUCCAUUGAGGUCUGGGUUUCUUUCUCACUCAAGGCCACGAAAAACAUCCAACAAUGAAGACAGAACAAGUCAGGCUGUGGCGUGACUGCUAGUCACUGGGGAGGGUGUAUUGUUCUCGGUCCUUUGUCCACCUCCUGACCCCUGGCAGCCCUCAGGCUCCCUGCUGCCCAGUGAAGCGGUCCACCUGGGCAGCAGGCGCAGGGGGAACCGAAACGCCGCGGAACCAGAAACGCCGGGAGCGGCGCGGACAGACGGCACAGUAACGCGGACCGGCAGGCCCGGUUUCCGGGCGGCGGCGGCUGCGGAGCAAUGGAGCCCCUGCGGGUCCUGGAGCUGUACAGCGGCAUUGGCGGCAUGCACUGCGCGCUGAGAGAGAUGGUUCCAUGUGCUGCUCAGAAGAGUGUAUAUCCUGAAGAAUUUGGAUGAAAGCUAUAUACCUGCGCAGGUGGUGGCCGCCAUUGACGUGAAUACUGUUGCUAAUGAAGUAUACAAGCACAAUUUUCCUCACACACAGCUAUUGGCAAAAACAAUUGAAGGCAUUACACUGGAAGAGUUUGACAAGUUAUCAUUUGAUAUGAUUUUAAUGAGCCCUCCAUGUCAGCCAUUCACAAGGAUUGGCCUGCAGGGGGAUGUCACUGAUCCAAGGACAAAUAGCUUCUUACACAUUCUAGACAUUCUUCCAAGAUUGCAAAAAUUACCCAAAUAUAUCCUGUUAGAAAAUGUUAAAGGUUUUGAAGUAUCUUCUACAAGAAGCCUGCUGAUGCAAACAAUGGAAACCUGUGGUUUUCAGUACCAAGAAUUUCUCCUAUCUCCAACCUCUCUUGGCAUUCCAAAUUCAAGGCUGCGGUAUUUCCUGAUGGCAAAGCUUCAAUCAGAGCCAUUGCCUUUUCAAGCCCCUGGUCAGGUCCUGAUGGAGUUUCCUAAAAUCGAAUCUGAUAAUCCACAAAAGUAUGCAACAGAUGCAGAAAAUAAAAUGAAAGUAAAGAAAACUAAACCAAAUACUUGCCUGGAUAACAACACACAGUGUUCUGAAAAAGACACCAUUCUUUUUAAGCUUGAAACUGCAGAAGAAAUUGACAGAAAAAACCAACAGAACAGUGAUCUUUCUGUGCAAAUGCUGAAAGAUUUUCUUGAAGAUGAUAUUGACAUGAGUCAGUACUUUUUGCCACCAAAGUCACUGCUGCGAUAUGCUCUAUUACUAGACAUUGUGCAUCCCACUUGCAGGAGGUCCACAUGCUUUACCAAAGGUUACGGAAGCUACAUAGAAGGGACAGGCUCCGUGUUACAGACUGCAGGAGAUGUGCAGAUCGAGAGUAUCUACAAAUCUCUUCCCAAUUUGCCACAAGAAGAACAGCUAGCAAAGUUGUCACUGCUUAAACUACGAUAUUUUACUCCUAAAGAAAUAGCAAACCUCCAGGGAUUCCCUGCAGAAUUUGGAUUUCCAGAGAAGAUAACUGUGAAGCAGCGCUAUCGUCUACUUGGAAAUAGUCUCAAUGUGCAUGUAGUAGCUAAACUAAUCAAAAUUCUAUGUGAAUAAUUUUGAAAUAUCUGUGCAGUAUGUUACAGUGUUUUAUCAUUUCCAUGUAGAAAUUCUAUUUUUAAACUAAUUUAGAUAAAUUAAAUUAAAUCAUUCUUUGGAUAAUUUGGUACUUAUCAUGAACACAUGUCAAAUUGUUUUCUAAAAUUUAUUUUGCUCCACUUUAUAAACUGCAAAUUACUUGUUUGCUUUAUGGAAAUAUAUUUUUGUGAAGCAUUUAAAUAUGUAUUUAACAUACUUUUUAUAAUAUAUGGUAUAGACAAAUUUAAGUAUGUGAAUUUUUAUAUAUACAUGAAUAUUUUAUAACGUAUAACAGGUAUAAUAUAAUGAUCCUUUGUAUGUUGAAAAUAUUAAGUUUUUAUUUAUUUAUUAGAACGAGAGAAAGAGAUGGGUAUGCCAGGGCCUCUAGUCACUACAAAUGAACUCCAGACAAAUGAGCCAACAUGUGCAUCU